CUGAGGUUUUACAGAAAACAUCGGCAAUUAGGGUUCAGUGGCUGCAUCGAAAUGGAGAAAUCUUCCUCAUUCCUCUUCGCAGGCAUCCGCUUCGAUCGAAAGAAGUUCGCCAACGAUUUCGCCAGAUUGAGCAAAAAGGAGGAGAAGGUAUUACCGGGUGUGGAAACCGGUGCUGAUGAAUUAACAGAGAAGAGGACGGUGUCGGCUGGAAAGAGGAGAAAGCGAAAGACAAAUGUUUCUGAAUCAAUAGAAGGAUUUAGUGUUUUCAAGAGUUCGAAACCAGUGGCAGCAGUUGGAAAGAAAAAAGAGGUGGAAGAUGAGAUUUUGCAAGAAAAGAAGGAAACAAACAGGCAGAUUGAGAAAGAUGCCAUCUUGCGUAAGAAGUAUGGGAUUCAUAUUUCUGGACAUGGUGUUCCGUCUCCACUCCAGAACUUUGCAGAGUUGCGCUCAAGGUAUAGCUGUAAACGAUAUUUAUUACAAAAUCUAGCAGGACUGGGCUUUAAAGAACCAACUCCUAUCCAAAGGCAGGCUAUUCCAGUCCUCCUCUCAGGACGGGAGUGCUUUGCUUGUGCACCAACAGGUUCUGGGAAGACCUUGGCUUUUAUUUUCCCCAUUCUUAUGAAACUUAAGCCUGGAGCAAUGGAUGGCAUUCAUGCUGUAGUUCUUUGCCCUACAAGGGAAUUAGCUGCACAAACAACCAGGGAAUGCAAGAAGUUGGCUAAAGGAAAGAAAAUUUACAUUAAAUUAAUGACCAAGGAGCUUGCAAGAUGUGGUGAUUUUAAGAAAAUGCCUUGUGACAUACUUGUGUCGACACCACUUCGGUUAGAGUUUGCUAUACGCAAAAGAAAGCUUGAUCUAAGCAGGGUGGAAUAUCUCAUCUUGGAUGAAUCUGAUAAGCUGUUUGAGCUUGGAUUUGUGGAGCAAAUUGAUUCCGUGGUCAAAGCAUGCUCCAAUCCUUCAAUAAUACGAUCAUUGUUUAGUGCCACUUUACCUGAUUCUGUUGAAGAGCUUGCACGCACAAUAAUGCAUGAUGCAGUUCGAGUCAUUGUGGGUAGGAAGAAUUCAGCUUCAGAACUGAUAAAGCAAAAGCUGAUUUUUGCUGGAAGUGAAGAAGGAAAGCUGCUUGCACUGCGGCAAAGUUUUGCCGAGAGUCUGAACCCGCCUAUACUUGUGUUUGUCCAAAGCAAAGAAAGAGCAAAGGAUCUCUACAAGGAAUUAGCAUUCGACAACAUAAAAGCAGACGUUAUCCAUGCAGAUUUGACUCAGACACAGCGAGAAAAUGCAGUUGAUAGUUUCAGGGCCGGAAAGACGUGGGUUUUAAUUGCCACAGAUGUUAUUGCUCGGGGUAUGGACUUUAAGGGCAUCAACUGCGUAAUAAAUUAUGAUUUCCCUGAAUCAGCAGCAGCUUAUAUUCACCGGAUUGGUCGGUCGGGCAGAGCAGGGAGGAGCGGGGAAGCUUUAACAUUGUACACGGAAGAUGAUGUGCCAUUUUUACGGAAUAUAGCCAAUGUGAUGGUGGCGUCAGGUUGUGAGGUUCCUUCUUGGAUCCUGGCCUUGCCCAAGCUCCGGCGAAAGAAGCACCGGCCACAGAGAGAUUCUAUUUCGAUACAACCAACAGAUGAUGGGAAGUGAUUAGAAGUGGACUUCAAGCUUCAGCAGGCAUUUCCUGUUCUUUUCAGUAUUGAAUUCCUUCUUCUUCUUCUUUUUUUCAUUCUAAUUUCCAUUGCAAUCCUGUGAGGGUGCUUGUCUUCGAUAGCUCUGUUUUUGUCACACCUUGAUCUCAAAUGAAAAUUCCUCUCUGCCAUGCAUUGAUGCUCCGGUGGCGUUUUUGCCAGUCACAAAAUCCGAAUGAUGUCAGAUGCCAUACUUGUUGGAACAAUACAGUUGGUGGAUUUUGGAUGAUCUGAUUUUGGAGGUUUGCUGAAUUCUUAUAGGUGACCUUUCCCACCGUUGGAGGCAUGGGAGUUCAUUCA